ACUAGCGAGCGCCUUGCGUAGGCACCGGCCCCUGAGCCCGUGCGGCGUGAUACGUCGGGUGAGGGGGAGGGUCUUCCGGCCCUCUGGAAAAUCAUUUCCGGCAGGAGCCGGAAGACCGUCCCGGAUGGCCUCGGGGACGGUCAGUGUGUGGAGGUGAGCUCCGGGAUUGCCGGCUUUCCCGCGUCCGCUGGUUGCCUCAUGCUGCAGGCCGCGGCCGCCAGCCCCCGCUCGCAUCGGUGGCGCUGAGGUGCCGGGACAGGAAGCGACAUGUCGUCGGGCCUCCGCGCCGCUGACUUCCCCCGCUGGAAGCGGCACAUCUCGGAGGAACUGAGGCGCCGGGACCGGCUGCAGAGACAGGCGUUCGAGGAGAUCAUCCUGCAGUAUAACAAAUUGCUGGAAAAGUCAGAUCUUCAUUCAGUGUUGGCCCAGAAACUACAGGCUGAAAAACAUGACGUACCAAACAGGCAUGAGAUAAGUCCCGGACAUGACGGCACAUGGAAUGACAGUCAGCUACAAGAAAUGGCCCAGCUGAGGAUCAAGCACCAAGAAGAACUGACUGAAUUACACAAGAAACGUGGGGAGUUAGCUCAAUUGGUGAUUGACCUGAAUAACCAAAUGCAGCAGAAGGACAGGGAGAUGCAGAUGAAUGAAGCAAAAAUCGCAGAAUGUUUGCAGACUAUCUCUGACCUGGAGACGGAGUGCCUAGAACUGCGCACUAAGCUUUGUGACCUUGAAAGAGCCAACCAGACCCUGAAGGAUGAAUAUGAUGCCCUGCAGAUCACUUUUACUGCCUUGGAGGAAAAACUGAGGAAAACUACGGAAGAGAACCAGGAGCUGGUCACCAGGUGGAUGGCUGAGAAAGCCCAGGAGGCCAAUCGGCUCAAUGCAGAGAAUGAAAAAGACUCCAGGAGGCGGCAAGCCCGGCUACAGAAAGAGCUUGCAGAAGCAGCAAAGGAACCUCUACCAGUCGAACAGGAUGAUGACAUUGAGGUCAUUGUGGAUGAAACCUCUGAUCACACAGAAGAGACCUCUCCUGUGCGAGCCAUCAGCAGAGCAGCCACUAAGCGACUCUCGCAGCCUGCUGGAGGCCUUCUGGAUUCUAUCACUAAUAUCUUUGGUCUGUCCGAGUCUCCCCUUUUGGGACAUCAUUCUUCUUCUGAUGCUGCCAGGAGACGCUCUGUCUCUUCCUUCCCAGUCCCCCAGGACAAUGUGGAUACUCAUCCUGGUUCUGGUAAAGAAGUGAGGGUACCAACUACGGCCUUGUGUGUCUUCGAUGCACAUGAUGGGGAAGUCAACGCUGUACAGUUCAGUCCAGGUUCCCGGUUACUGGCCACCGGAGGCAUGGACCGCAGGGUUAAGCUUUGGGAAGUAUUUGGAGAAAAAUGUGAGUUCAAGGGUUCCCUAUCUGGCAGUAAUGCAGGAAUUACAAGCAUUGAAUUUGAUAGUGCUGGUUCUUACCUCUUAGCAGCUUCAAAUGAUUUUGCAAGCCGAAUCUGGACUGUGGAUGAUUAUCGGUUACGGCACACACUCACGGGACAUAGUGGGAAAGUGCUGUCUGCUAAGUUCCUGCUGGACAAUGCGCGGAUCGUCUCAGGAAGUCAUGACCGGACUCUCAAACUCUGGGAUCUACGCAGCAAAGUCUGCAUAAAGACAGUGUUUGCAGGAUCCAGUUGCAAUGAUAUUGUCUGCACAGAGCAAUGUGUAAUGAGUGGACAUUUUGACAAGAAAAUUCGUUUCUGGGACAUUCGAUCAGAGAGUAUAGUUCGAGAGAUGGAGCUGUUGGGAAAGAUUACUGCCCUGGACUUAAACCCAGAAAGGACUGAGCUCCUGAGCUGCUCCCGGGAUGACUUGCUAAAAGUUAUUGAUCUCCGAACAAAUGCUGUCAAGCAGACAUUCAGUGCACCUGGGUUCAAGUGCGGCUCUGACUGGACCAGAGUUGUCUUCAGUCCUGACGGCAGUUACGUGGCGGCAGGCUCUGCUGAGGGCUCUCUCUACAUCUGGAGUGUGCUCACAGGGAAAGUGGAAAAGGUUCUCUCAAAGCAGCACAGCUCGUCCAUCAAUGCGGUGGCGUGGUCGCCCUCUGGCUCGCACGUUGUCAGCGUGGACAAAGGAUGCAAAGCUGUGCUGUGGGCACAGUAUUGACGGGGCUCUCAGGGCUGGGAGGACCCCAGCGCCCUCCUCAGAAGAAGCACGUGGGCUCCCGCAGCCCUGUCCUGGCAGGUGAUGUGCUGGGUACAGCAUGGACCUCCCAGAGAAGCUCAAGCUAUGUGGCACUGUAGCUUUGCCGUGAAUGGGAUUUCUGAAGAUUUGACUGAGGUCUCUCUUGGCCUGGAAGAAUAACACUGAAAAAACCUGACGCUGCGGUCACUUAGCAGAGGCUCAGGUUCUUGCUUUGGGAAACACUACUAGCUCUGACCUUCCAUACCUCACUUGGGGGAGCACAGGGCCCCGCUGGGCCGCCUCACCAAGGGCAGUGCCAAAAACAGCCCCCACAUCAAGGUGGUGUUCUAUGUGCUUUCUCUCAUCCUUCCAAAGUUGGUUCUGGCCUGACGCAUGUCCCAUCACCGUGGGGUCAUUUGCCCGGUGAACUCACUUUAAGCAUUGGAUUAACGGAAACUCCAAGGCUACAGACCCCUCCCUGGUGGGCUGCAUGAAUGUGUCUCAUUACUGCUGAAAUUUCCUCAGAUCUCUUCCACUGUUCUUCAGAGCUUUCUGGCUCUCUUUCCCCCACAAAAUUCGACAUAUUUAAAGAUCUCUGUGUGGUUUAAAAAAAAAUGUUUUUAUGUUUUUUUUGAGGUGGGAGAGGAUGUGAGAAAAUCUUUUCCAGGGAAAUGGGUUUGCUGCAGAGGUAAGGAUGUGUUCCUGUAUCGAUCUGCAGACACCCAGAAGGUGGGUGCACACUGCAUGCUUGGGGUGCCAAGGGAUUUGAGACCUCCAACAUAUUUGUCUGAAGCUGGUGAUUCUGGCCACGGCCCCUCUGCCAAGCCUGUGUGCCAUGCCCUUGGUGCUUUAGUGCAAGAAGCCCAGGCUCAGAAGCACAGCAGUGCCAUCUUUCCGUUUCAGGGGUUGUGAUGAAGGCCAAGGAAAAGCAUUUAUCUUUACCAUUUUACCUGUGUAUAAAGUUUUAGUUCAUUGAGUGUGCAAAACACCCUUAUCACUUUUAAAUUUGCACUUUAUUUUUUUUCUUCCAUGCUUGUUCUCUGGGCAUUUGGGGAUGUGAGUGCUAGAGCCAGUGAGAGGUGUCAGGCCGCCUUCCCACUGAUGGUCCUGGCCUCCACCUGCCCUCUCUUCCCUGCCUGGUCGCCACUUUCCAAUUUGUCCUUCAGAGAACUUAAGGAGAGUUGAAAUUCACGGGCCAGGGCGCAUCUUUUAUUUAUUUCGUUAUGUUGCCCAACAGAACUUGAUUGUAAAUAAUUAAAAAGAAAUCUGUUAUAUACUUUUCAAA